AUGCCCGUCACAACCCGAUCCGCCAGCCGUCGCAUGGCAGCGGCACAAACCAUCGCCGCCGCCGCCACCGUCACCACCACCAUAACCACCACCCAAAAUUGCCAGGCCCGCAUCAAAGUCCGGCGCGUCAACGGAAAGCCCGGGCUCCUCAUUAGCCCGCCGGAAGGGGUCACGCCGACUCGUCGGAUCGUCCUGACGACGGGCGCCAGGGGCCAGAAGCUCACCAGGAUCCGCGGCCCCGGCGAUCGCUUGUUGAUCCGCGUCCCUGGCAAGGCGCCAGCCGCGAGCACGCCUGAGCGCCGCCUGAGCACGUUCGUCAGGGGUGGUCGGGUUUGGAUUCGCAUCCGGCCCGCUGGUGCGGUCACCAGCUCGAAAGAGCAGGGGCAGUAG